AUGUUACAUCGUAUUUUUGACUAUUGCGAUAUGAAAACAAUUCUUCUAUCAAUUCGUUCUGUCUGCAAAUAUCUUCAUAGUGCUACUAAUAUUUAUAAUCGAUUGGAAUUGAAAUAUGAUCCGUCUUCAACUUUGAAAUAUGAUAUACUUUCUCGUCUUAUUAUUCAAUCUGAACGUAUUGUUUCAUUGAUUAUCAUCAAUAAAACGAGUGAUAAAGAUGAUGCACUUUCUUCAUUCGACAAAAUUUUCAACAUUAGACAAUUCACUCGACUUCGUUUCUUGACUCUUGAUGGUAUCGAUUGUGAAAUAGCAAAGAAUUUUUUAGUAAAAAUUUCUUCUGAGUCGUUGACUACGCUUUGGUUUCGUGUGAACGAUGCAGAAACAUCUAUUCAUAUCUUAUCAACUGCUACUCGAUUCAAUCUUCGAAAGCUCGUCCUGAAUAAAUCAAAUUUAAUAAUGAUACGCGAUAUUUCAUGGCCAAUACAAUGGGAACUAAGGCAUUUAGAAAUAGGUAUUUGUACUUCAAGUCAAUAUCAUACUAUUAUCAAACAAAAUCCUCAUUUACAAACAUUUGUUAUGCAAGAUUGCGUUGAAUAUCUUGAAGAUUCUCGUAUGAUGAUAAGUAGAUCAUUUGAUCAACCAUGUGCUUCAAUAUUGAAGUCUUUGACUAUCAUGGGCUGUUCUCUCAGUUUAGAAGAACUAGAAUUGUUACUUUCAUGGACACCGAUACUUAUCGAUUUGGAACUCAUUUUCCAUUGCGAUUUAUUUGAUUCUGUAUUGGAUGGCUAUUGCUUAGAACAAAUUAUCAAAAGCAAGUUACCGUUACUGCGUCAAUUUACUUUUUUCUUUUCAUACAAAUAUUUUUCUCGAUCUGACAACGCUCCAAAUAGCAUUAAAUCUAUUAUAGCACCGUUUCGAACACCAUUUUGGCUGGAAGAAAAAAGUUGGUUUGUUAUCUGCGAUCACGUAUUUGAAAUGCAGGUAAUCGAACUCUAUACAAUCCCAGCGAAAAUUAGACAUGAAUCUACACUUUGGUUUGGCAGAUCAUUUGAAUAUAUGCCAUUCCAUGCAAGGCGACAAUACUUAUACCAUCUAACACCAAACUCUGUAUUCUCAGAACAUGGAAUGAAUAAUGUGAAUAAUCUACUCCGAUGUGAAAUAUCGUCAGCAGAUUAUAUCUGUCGAUUUACUCGUACAUCAUCCAAUAAAACAAAUGAAGAAGCUGAGGAAGAGGCAUUGGUCAUACUAGAUCUUAGCAAACGCAGAAUAGAUGACAAUAUGGUACAAGAUCUCGCUGAUGCUUUGGAGCAAGACAAUACCUGUGCUACAUUAAAUCUGUCGAAUAAUAGUAUUCAAGAUAUCGGAGCUCAUUAUCUCGCUAAUAUGUUAAAACAUAAUACGACACUCAACGCAAUAGAUCUUAGUGGCAAUGGAAUCGGUGAUUUAGGAGCUCAAUUUCUUGUUGAAUGUUUAAAACAUAAUACCACACUCAUGGCACUUAAUCUAAACGGUAAUUCAGGUCAGUCUUGCUUAGUUGUUGAAGCAAUACUCAAAAGUCGCACUGAUAGAACAUUACUGACACUGAAAUUAGGUAAAAAUAAAACGCCAUAUUGUAUAUUUGUGGAGAACAUUGUAAAUAUUCGUGGUGAUAGAACACUUACCACGGUGAAUAUGUCUAAUCAUCGAUUAGAAGAUGACGAUGUACGACUUAUCAUAACUGCUUUGAAAGACAAUAAGGCACUUGUUUCAUUGAAUAUGUCAAAAAACCAAUUUGGAUACCUUGGAUUACAACAUCUCACUGAUUUGCUACGUCAUAUCACAAUAUUCACCACUUUGGAUUUAAGUGCCAAUCAAAUAGAUGACAAAGGAACAGAGGCUCUCGUCAGUAUUUUACGAAAUCUAAUGACACUGACAACACUUAACAUCUCGAACAAUCAAAUUAGCAAUCAUGGAAUAAAAGCUAUAACCGACGCACUAAAAUAUAGCAAAACACUUACCAAAUUGGAUCUUAGUAGUAAUCAAAUCGACGCUACUGGAGCACAUUAUCUCGCAGAAGCUUUGGAACACAAUCAGACGACAGUAACAAGUUUAAAUAUAUCGAACAAUUCUAUUGGACCAGAAGGUGCAAAAUGUUUUGCUAAUACAUUACGAAAUACUAAAACACUAAAUGAGCUGAUUAUGUCGAACAAUCGAAUCGGUAAUACCGGAGCGGAACAUCUUAGUGAUGCUUUAAAAGAAAAUACAACAUUAACAAUAAUUGAUCUUAGUAGUAAUCAAAUUGUAGGCCACGGUAUAUUAAAUCUAGCAAAUGCUUUGAAAAAGAAUACAACACUUACGACACUACAUUAUCGAAAUAAUCGAAUGCAAUCCAUUGGCACAAAAUAUCUCGCUGAUGCUUUGAAAUGUAAUAACUCACUAACAUUACUAAGCCUUCAAUGUAAUGAAAUUGGUGAUAAUGGAGCAUUACAUCUUGUAGAUGCUUUAAAAAAUAAUAAGGCAUUACAAAAGAUUUAUUUGGGCAGAAAUGGUAUUUCCACAAAAGUAUGGGAUGAAUUAACAUCGAUUGGUGGAAAAGAAGUGUUGAAUUAG